AUUCCUACCAAAUCUCUCUUCUUAUAAAAGUUGUUUUGAAAGAAAUCUCUAAUUAGCCUUAUUGUCUCUGUUGAUGCAUAGAUGUGGUGCUUUGAUUCUUGAUGUUCGAGAUUAUGUCUCCAGUAAUCAGUGAAGUUCUUCUGUCUGAUUUUACCAUUAACUCAACUCUGCAACGUCGUACUCACUUAGUUCAAUCCUUCUCAGUCGUCUUCCUCUACUGGUUCUACGUGUUUUCAUGAAACAGUAAACCUGAGAUUCCUUCUUCUUACUCAUUAAACUUCAUUCAAGAUCCCAACCCUUUGACUACAUUUCAGUUGUUAUUUACCUUUUGUAGCAGGGUACUUUUGUUUUCCACGAACAAUUACUUAUAGUUGUCUUUUGUAAAAAGAUAUAAUGGUGUAAAAAUCCUUUUUAUACAAGGUAAAGUCUAAUUUUGGUACUA